UCUAUAUUUAACCUGCAGGCCUGCUCGCUCGCUCGCGCUCUCUCUCUUUCACACACACUUGACAAACGAGGCCACAGAGUUGACGAGCAGGAUGGAGGAGGAGGCUACGACACAGCCCUCGGUGGCUGAACUCGCAGGAAGGUUCAGAGGCUCAGCUCCUCCACAUGAUGGCGCUGUGAAAGACACGGAGAAGCCGGUGAGACGUCGACCUCCUCGUUCACUACAGCUGCCGAAAACACACGGAGGCGACGAGGAGCCUCCAGGUGUCACCUCACCUCUUCCCGCCAAAACCAAGAGGAACUCUGCUCUGAUCGAGAAGCUCCAGGCCUCCCUCGCUCUCUCUCCCUCGGCCCAGCUGACGUCACCAAAGAGCCCCGCCUUCAGGCUGCUGCCUCCCGCCUUCCCCCUUCCCUCCCCCGGCUCCGCCCCAGUAACCACGCUAACCACCUCCUCCACUGCGACUCCCACCUGCCCAGUCGCCUCUUCACCAGUAACUGAGGAGGAGGGGCCUGUCUCCUUUGAGGCCCCUCCCAUAGUGGAGGAGGGGUCCAUCCUGUCGAGUAUCAACAAGAGCCGAGCUCGUCACUCCAUUCGGCGACGCCCUCCAUCCCGCCGCCACAGGGAGUCCAGCAGCGGAGACGACGCUGGAGUCGCUAAUGACGUAGAAGAGAAAACAACAGCAGGAGAAGACGUUUUUAAGACAAAUGAUAAAACAGAUGCUUCAACAUGUGAAACACAAUCCCACCGAGACGAUCAGUCAAAGACCAGAGAAGAAGAAGACGAAGAGAAGAAGGGGCGAGUAAAUGGACGGAUGGGAAGAGACGAGGGAGACAGAUCUUCUUCAGGACGAGAAGAGAAGGAAGCUCCGGAGAAAAGAUCUGAGCAAGCACACAAGGAAGAAGAGACUGAAGGAACGACAGAAGAAGAAAAGAGUGAGCUCCAUGAAGAUCCAGAUGUUCAGAUGAGUUGAAAUCAGAGGGUCGUGAUCUAAAAGGCCUGAACACUGGAGACGAACGUUUCUUCAUCUGUGACGUGAAGACGACAUGAAGACGACGUGAAGACGACAUGAAGACGACAUGAAGACGACAUGAAGACGA